AGUUAGCGUGUACACUCCGAGAGGACCGCACGUCCCUUCAGUUCGAACCUAAAAAAUUAACAUUCGAAACUUUCAUAAAAAAACAUCGAUUUUGGUUUUAAAUUAUUGUUCGCGAUUUUUCGGUGGUCAAUCGUGUUAUUGCCAAAAUAGGUGUGACGGUGGGUGAUGGUGAGGUCCGGGAGGUAUGGUCAGACCGGCCGCCGUGCAACGGUGCCGAUGUCAACUGGACAGUAUGCUAUUUCCACAUAAAAGCCAUACUCAACAUCCUCAUGCCUUUUUAUGAUGACAUGGGGCUUGACCCCAGCGUGAACCUCACGUUGAAUGCUUCAGCGAAACAGCUUAUUGAGGCUUCAAAAGGCAUCCAAGACCCAAACAUACUCCUGGAGAAGUUUUCUCAGAAUCGAAAAGUCGACGAUCCAACGAGAUCCUUACUGAUAGCGUUUUACAUCAUCCUGGUCGUGAUCGGAGCUGUGGGGAAUGCACUCGUCAUAUUAUCUGUGGUGCGAAAGCCGGUCAUGAGAACAGCAAGGAACAUGUUCAUCGUCAAUUUAGCCGUGUCCGAUGCCCUGGUCUGCGUGGUCGGAACCCCGCUGACUCUUAUGGAACUCCUGACCAAGCAUUGGCCGUUACCGGACUGGCCAAGUUUGUGCAAGGCGUGUGGCGCGAUCCAAGCUAUAUCGAUCUUCGUGUCCACUAUAUCCAUAACUGCCAUUGCCCUUGAUCGAUAUCAGUUGAUCGUCUACCCCACCAAGCCUGGCGUUCAAACAAUAGGAGCGCUUGUCACUAUGUUCUUCAUCUGGGUAACAGCAUUCAUCCUUGCUUCACCCCUCUACAUCUUCCGGAGCCUCAAAACGCACAAACUCGGCAUCGCCGGUAUCAGCUCUCUAAGUUUCUGCAUAGAAGACUGGCCUAUCACUGACGGUAGAGCUAUCUAUUCUCUCCUAAGCCUGAUCUUUCAAUACCUUCUACCGGUUCUGGUCGUCGUGAUGGCCCACAUUCAGAUACAUAGAAGACUGCGAGGCCGAAGAAGGACCACGAGGAAAACGCCAGCAAUAUUAAUAGCCAUAGCAGUUACAUACGUCAUAAGCUGGCUACCACUUAAUGUAUUUAAUCUGGUGGCUGACUUCAGUUCGGCGCCAUUUAAAGACGAGAAGACUAUGACGGUUACUUAUGCUGUCUGCCACAUGUUUGGCAUGUCGAGUGCCGUUUCAAAUCCUUUACUCUACGGAUGGUUAAAUGAUAAUUUCCGAAAGGAAUUCGAAGAGAUCCUGACGAAGUGCUGCUGCAGGAAGAAGCCUUUAGUUAACGGCACGAGGACUACUAAUCGGAGGAUGGAGACGGAAUUGACUGCGCUGGCACAGUUGGAGCAUACCGUGACCGGGAACACCAAGACGUCGCAGUGCUCCCAGGUUUUCUGACUAAAAGCUUGCUGCAAAUAACACGAAUCUUCCAGCUUAGAGAUGCAGAGCAUCUGAACUGAUGUUCCAUAUAAGACUUUAGUGUUAAACGUGUAAAAAGUUCCUUGUUAAAACAGUUUUAGUGUUAAUGUGUAAAUAAAUGUAUUUUUAUGUAAAUAAGUCAUUAUGAUUAGAUUUGAAGUAAUAUUGUACUUGGCGUUUUAAUGAGCCCAAAACGUGAAGUACUGAAAUAUUGCUAAUAUAAAUAACGAUAUAAUGUACGAAAUAAGCACUUGAUGUUUAAGUUUUGUAUAUAAAUAAACUCUUUGAUGAUUAGAAAAU